AUGUUCAAAGUCAUCCUAUCCGCAGCUCUCCUCGUCUCGUACACCCUCGCCGCCGACUCUUGCACAGCUAAUGACAUCGCCGGUCUCAACAACUGUUACCAGGCUUUCGUCGGCGCUUACGGAUUCUCGAUGAGCAACGUUUUGCCACAUUACUGGGAUAUGCACCAAGUGCGCACCGGAUGGCUUGAUGCCCAAGGAGUCAAAGUGCAACCAAAGAUUUGCCAAAUCGGAAACAAUUUGGUGAACUGUAUCGUGAAAUUCCCGUGUCUCUCCCAGGAUACAUUCUUGACGAUGGGUGCUGACUCGACUGAGUCUCCCCGUUGGUUCCUCGACAAGAUUGCCACCAAGUAUCAAUGUGGAGAGGGAUAUCAAGUUCUCCUCCCAAGAUUACUACUGUAUGGCGGCUUGCCAGCCACAAAUGACAUGAUCACUUGCCAAGCGCAAAUCUAUUCCACCUAUUGUGAUUUCAACUCGGGCGCCUUCAACUGCGGACUCAACGAGGCUGUCAUUAAGGAGACCCAACCCGCUUGCACCCCGGCCCUCCAAAUGUGCCCCAAAUUCCAAUUCUUU